AUGUCAGAAAGGAGACGCAAAUAUCGUGAACGAUCCAGGUCUCCCUUCGAUGAUGCUACCUUUACAAACUUUCAAAAUGUAUCGCGGGAAAAUAAUUCUGACCACCACCAUUCAGAUAGCCGACGUGAUAGGCGCUCCUCCCCGUUUGAUGGCGAAUUUAGAAGGCCAUACACGAAUAAUGAACAUAUAGAUAUGGACAAGCCGUAUAAGCCCCGUUACAAGCCUUUUGAAGUUGGUCACCAGACCCCCGAAUUCUGGGAACACAGGCGCCAGAAUAGAGAAAAGGCAGGAGCCCUCUUCAACGAAAAACUCUGGGCAAGUCCUCCAUCAAGACCCUUCUCCGAGGACGAAGAGGAUAAAGAGGCGGCUGAUGGCGAGGGUCCAGACCCGGCUCCUAAUCAUUCCAUAUCCAAUAAUCACUCAGAUUCACACAAAUCCAAAAAAUCGAAGUCUCAUAAAAAGUCAGGAGAAACUAAGAAACAUUCCCACCAUCAUCAUCACCACCAUCAUCACAAAAAACACAAAAAAUCGAAAAAACACCACCCGAAACCAUCAUCUUCAUCCUCCAGCGAGUCGUCUUCCAACGAGGAAGAUGAGCAAAAACUCUUUAUUCGUCAGAUGAAAGCCAAGAAGUUGGAGUUAGAGCGGCUUCGUGCAGAAGAGGAGGAGGCGACAGCGCUGAUAGGGCCGGUCCUGCCUGGUGGCGAGUCCUCUACCGCAGCUCCCCUUGACUAUGGUAAAGCUCUGUUGCCUGGAGAAGGUGCGGCAAUGGCCGCAUACAUUGCUGAGGGCAAGAGAAUACCCAGGAGAGGUGAAAUUGGAUUGACCCCGGAAGAAAUUGAAAAGUUCGAGCAAGCAGGCUAUGUCAUGUCCGGUAGCCGUCAUCGUCGAAUGGAAGCUGUACGUCUAAGAAAGGAGAACCAGAUCUACUCUGCAGACGAGAAGCGAGCUUUAGAGAACUUCAAUCACGCGGAACGUGCUAAGCGUGAAGCGAAGUUACAGGCUCUCUUCAAAGCUCUUAUUAAGAAGAAAUUGGAGGACAAGCAUUCUUCCUCUUCCGCCAAUCUCUAA